AUGGGGAAAUCAAUGAGAUCAAAGAGGGAGAAGAGGUUGAGGGCUAUUAGGAGAGAGAUUGUUCAACCUUUCUAUGACGAGAAAGAAGCCGCUAAACUUUCUGCACAAGAAGCUGCUCUUGCCGCACCCAAACUUCAAGUUCCCGUCAGACCAAACACUACCAUGGAAAUUUCCACUUCCACUGUUGACAACACUAACACCAUGGACAUGGAUAUGACUGAUGAAAAUAAGAGCAAGGUUUCCUUGAAGCCUUCUGGUAGAAUAGGGAAGAAAUUGAAGAAGAAAUUUAAAAUGGCUAAAGGAAGAAUAUGGCUUCUGAAACAAUUAAGCAGAAGUUGGUUUUUACUGGAAGUGAAGAAGGAAAACUUAUAG